AUGGCGCGACCGUGCGCGACCCGGGCGGCUGUCGCCGAUCCCGCAGCAGCGGCGGAGGAGGCAUCCGCGGCAGAGUGCCCGAGGGGCCCGGCGUGGCACGUGCACAAGUUCGGCGGGACGUGCCUUGCCAGCCCGCAGAGGAUAAGGGACGCGAUGCGGGUGGCGGUGGCGGACCCGGCAGAGCACAAGCUGGUGGUGGUGAGCGCGAUGGGUAGCACGCCAGCGUCGCCUAUGAAGGUGACGGACAUUAUGCUGUCGAUGAUCGACAAGGCGGCGCGGCAGGACGUGGGGUUCAUGACGGACCUGUCCGUGCUGCAAGAGAAGCACGUGGCGUGCGCGAAGGAGCUGCUGGGUGAGGGGAAGGAGCUGAACGAGUUCCUGGGGCGGUUGAUGGACGACGUCGGGAACUUGAAGUCGAUGCUGGAGGCAAUUUCGAUAGCCGCUCUGGCGACUGAGGCAUUCACAGACUUUGUGGUGGGCCACGGGGAGCUCUGGAGUGCCCAGCUUGGUGCGGCAGCCUGCCGACAGAUGGGCUGCGACGCAGCAUUCAUGGACGCCAGGGACAUCCUUGUCGUGACACCCACACCGGACAAAGUCUCAGUGGACAUCAACUACAGCGCCUCGAACAAGAACCUGGACGACUGGUACGCGAAGCACAACGGCAACCCUUCAGUGAUUGUUGCCACAGGGUUCAUUGCGAGGAGCUCCACAGGCCAGAUAACCACCCUCAAGAGGAAUGGGAGUGACUACUCUGCCACCAUCUUUGGGGCCCUUUUCAGGAGUUCACAGAUCACCAUUUGGACAGAUGUGGAUGGAGUUUACAGUGCUGAUCCACGGAAGGUGUCUGAGGCGUUUUGUUUGGGGGGCCUCUCCUAUCAUGAGGCCUGGGAGCUGUCAUACUUUGGUGCCAAUGUGUUACACCCACGGACAACGCUGCCAGCCAUGAAGUACAACAUCCCUAUCACGAUUCGGAAUUUUUUCAAUCAGGAGGCCCCAGGAACCAAGAUUGGCUUCCUUGACAAGGAGGAUUCAAGUGAGAGCAGCAUCAAGGCGUUCUCAACAAUGGAUGACAUGAACCUAAUCAGUGUGGAGGGCACAGGAAUGGCUGGUGUGCCUGGCAUUGCUGCCAAGAUAUUCAAUGCCAUUAAGGAUGCAGAGGUCAACGUCAGCAUGAUCUCAGUGGCCAGCUCUGAGCAGUCCAUUUGUUUUGCUGUGAGAGGUUUCGACGGGGCCAAGAGUGUCCAAGUCCUGAGAGAAAGAUUCUCUGAGGAGCUGAAGGCUGGUGUAAUCUCCAGCAUCGAUCGCAUCCAGAAUUGCUGCCUCCUUGCUGCAGUUGGCCGUCAGAUGGUGAAUCGCCGUGGGAUGGCAGCCACUCUUAUGACAGCACUUGCAAAGGCAAACAUAAACAUCAUCGCCAUCGCCCAGGGCUCCUCGGAAUAUAACAUCACUGUCCUCAUCGAUCAGGAGAUGAGUGCCAAGGCCCUCCAGGCUGUUCACUCGCGCUUCUACAUGUCUGAAGUGUCCAUCGGCAUCGGACUUAUUGGGCCUGGUCUUGUGGGAGCUGAACUGUUGGAACAGAUGAAAGAACAGAAAGCAUUGCUCUGUGACAAGUACAAGAUCGACGUCCGGGUGUUGGCUGUGGCUGGCUCCAGCAAGAUGGUGCUGCAUCCUACUGGCAUUGACCUGGAAAACUGGCGGCAGGUGUAUGAAGAACAGUCAGAGCCAUGCGAUCUCAGCAAGAUUGCGGAUCAUCUGUCUGGCAACUAUGUGGCAAACACUGUGCUGCUGGACUGUACAGCCUCCGACAUGCCUCCCUGCCACUACCUGGAAUGGAUCAACAAAGGUAUUCACAUCAUCACACCCAACAAGAAGCUGGGAGCUGGGCCCCUGGACCGCUAUCUGGAUGUGAGGAGGUCACAGCGUGAGAGCUACACGCACUGGUUCUAUGAGGCAACAGUGGGUGCUGGCCUUCCGGUCAUCGCCACAUUGAAGCACUUGCUGGAGACUGGGGACAAGAUUUUGAAGGUUGAAGGCAUCUUUUCAGGAACUUUGUCCUACAUCUUCAACGAGUUCAAGGCAGGCAUGCGUUUUUCAGACAUCGUGAAAGUGGCCAAGGAAAAUGGGUACACAGAGCCCGAUCCUCGAGAUGACCUAGCUGGCAUGGAUGUUGCAAGGAAGGUAACAAUCCUUGCCAGGGAAUGCGGUAUGCACUUCGAGCUUGACGAAGUUCCAGUGCAGAGCCUGGUGCCAGAGCCCCUGCAGAGCACCGACUCUGUGGCUGAAUUCAUGGAUCGGCUGCCAGACUUCGACGAGGACAUGGGCCGCAAGAUGGAGGCUGCAGAGGCGGCUGGGGAGUGUCUGCGAUAUGUGGGCACCGUUGAUUGUGAAGGUGGCACAGGGAAGGUCGAGCUUCGCUCUCUGCCGAAGAAUCAUCCUUUUACUCAACUGAGCGGCAGCGACAACAUCAUCGCAUUCACGACCUCCAGGUACCGCAUGCAGCCGCUGAUGGUCAGGGGACCGGGGGCGGGGGCGGAGGUCACGGCUGCGGGGGUGUUCAGCGACCUCCUGCGGCUCGCGGCCUCUCUGGGGGCGCCAACGUAA